AUGUUAUUUUCUGGAUUUCUCCGUAGAUACAUUCACACAUCAAACCUUGGACUUCGCUUAGAAUGCUGUCUGCUGUCCGCUACCUUUUUCAAGGUUUUACUUACAUUUUGGAUUUGCUAUUAGGCUGUUAAAUAUUAAACGGGUUACAAGGUAUAAAUUCUGAAGAAGUGUCUAAUGGCCGGCCUUUCUUGCAGCAAGAGACAAUAGUUUCUAUCGUUGUCCUUUCCAGUGGACCUUAUUCACGCUACCCGCCAUCUGUGGAAACGCUUUAGAAUUGAUAAGAUAAAAGCAAUGACACGUGGUAUUCCAGGGGGCAAACAAGUGAUAAUAUUUGCCAAUACAAAUAAUCGCGGUGGAAUUUAUUUAUUUUCUCAAAACGAGGUGACGAUUUUAGUGUUGCAAAAUGCACAAGACCCAGUUCCUGAAAGGCCGAUUAGCGCUAAUCCAGGAUUAAAAUUUGGUUCCACUUUUUGUAUUUACUUUCCUACGUAUUGCUUAGAGUAACAUUUUGAGUUAUCAUAACUAUAUCUCGGAGUAAAGGCUCAACCGCAUGUUGUAAGCUCGAGUUGCAUGUUCGUGCUUAAAUUUUGGCUUAAUCUUGGGUUAAACGUAACUAUCUUUAUUUUCUAGCAACCGGGCCCAGCUCGAGUUUCGGCACGUUUUACGUCUUUGUUGCGUGCUGUGAGGACAUUUGCAGUCGAACUGCAUCCGAAAAAUUAAAGUAACAAUGAUCACCUCCACCCACAAUUUGCUAUAAACAAACUUGAACACGAUAACUUGUAUUGGCAGAUUUUAUCAUUUGUUUGCCCCUUAAUUAACCACGUGACAUUGCUUCCAUUCUCUAUUGAUGGCGGGUAUUGUGAAAAAGGUCUAUUGAGAAGGCAUUAUAACCUUCAAGCAAAACAACUCCCUUAACCCAUUAACUAAAAACAACAACAAUCUUCAAAAGAGUCUCUUGGAGUUAGUCUAGGAAUUGGACAUCUUGUUAUGAGACCGCGUGCUGUUCCUUUGUGUGCCUUCUCACAUUAAUAUCUGAUAGAGACCAGGAACCUAUUACCUCCCCCACACCCUGCCUCCUCUAUAGAUACCAAAUUAUCUUAACCUCGGUCCUUAAGGGGGAACCUGAAAUACUCAGACUGUCUUCUAUUUCCAGGCCUUGUUCUGUUCUUCCCUUCCCCACCCUACAGCGGACAAGGAUUACGCCUUAUAUGAGGUGACAGGAUGCGAAGUGGCGGAGCUGGUACCCGGUAUUGAUCUUCUGUCCGAGGCCUUCAGAAGUAACGGACGAACAAUACUGGCCGCGUUGAGAUGGGUCACUGAAGAACUGGCCCGAGCACGUUACCUAGUCACAGUGAGUCUUUCUAUAUAAAGUACCCAUCGAUAAAAUAGAUGUUAUAACAGUCAUUCCAGGUCAAGCGUAACCCCACAGAUUUUUUUAAUGAAUUCAUUAUUUGAACAAACAUUGAAUCCGUUUGUUGCUGGUAAUAUCAGAUUCAUGUGUUUAUUCUUGCAUGCUUAAUAAGCAGUGAAUUUACUUGCGAGGUAGUUAAGAUUUGUCUCAUCUCAACUCUCUUUUUCAACCUGCCAGUGAUAGAAACGUCUUCGUGGGUCCUUUUUUUUUUCUCAAGUUGACCGAACACAGAGAAGUUGUAUUCUAAUAUUCACUUCUCAUUAUGCAUGAGAGAACGCACAAAGGACUAACGGACUCAAGUGCUCAGUUCAGUGAUAGAAUCUAAGUUGAAAGCUUGACAUGGCUUGGCCGAAAUUCUCAUCCCAAGGUUAUAAUUUGUUAGUAUAUGCUGAAGAGGUCGUGGUGUUGAUUACUAUUUGUACUACUUGAAUUAUGACAAUGGCUUUUACUCUUUUCUAGGUUCUUCCAUUGAUUACCCUGUGCCUGUACUUCACGACACACGUGUCACGUGAUCUACAAAGAUCAGUGGACAUAAGAAUACUCAAAGUAAGUAAUUCUGUGCAUAUCAUCCACACUAGCGGCAUACCAACGUAAAGGCUACAUCAUGUGGCCACGCGUGGCUGUCAUGUCUAGGGAAACAGCGUGAUCAUGAUAAUGGUAUUGCCUAAUCCGCGAGACCUGAAGUAUUUAAUGCUGAACGAAUCACUACACGCCUCAGUACAGAAGUUGUACAGCCGAAUCUUUGGUGACGUCAUUGUUUACAUUUUUGCCAUGAGCAUACGCGUUAACCCAUAGAAGACAUCAACCUAUGCACAAAUUAAAUUCAAAAGUUGAAAGAAUUUGUUAAUUUGUGGAAUUUUCAGCUCUUUGCAAGCAAUAGUGGGCUUACUCAACAGGACGGGAGAGGAAAGAAGCCGGCAAACCUUGUGUGACAAGCGUGACAACAAUUUUGCAACUCACUAAUAACAAACGAAGGAGCAGCCUUCGAAAACUUCGAAAUUGCUGGGUGACAAAAACGUUUAUGAGCCCAUACAUUCUUCGAGUUUUUAAAAGAUAAUUUAUCCGAAGCUAUUCAGCAUACAGGGCUCAAAUUUUUACAGAUAACUGAAAUUGUUGUUGUUGUUGUUUUUUUUUUUCCCUCGAUAUUCAGAGAGUUUAUUUUAAUAGCUUGUUCAGAGAAUGAAAGGCAGUUAUGCUUUUAAGGGAAAAAUACGAGGAAAGAUUCGCCUAGCCGAUUUUGUUAUCCAUUAGAGAGGGAUUUAUCUGGUGGAUGAUGUUAUCUGGACCGCUUGAACUACUCUAGCCCGGUGAAGAGAUCACCCCUUCGGAUGAACUGACUGUUGCCAUUUCAGCAAACGUUUUGUACAAUGUCCAGUGACUCUAAGUUCUUUCAUUCCAACAGGUUCGAGUUCUUACAGAUCUUGGAAUGUUUUCUGAAGCGAUAAAAGUCUUGAUGGGCCUACUGCUGGGUGAAAAACUUCCUUAAAAUAUCAGAUAUUGGUUUUAGAACAGUGGAAAGUAAAAGGGUAUCAUAUAUGAUGAUUGUUUGAUAUUUGUUAAACCCAUCUUUUCUCAGUUCAAUUAUUUUUACCAUUGAGAUCACUCGCGUAUUAUCCCUCGUUUUUGUUGUCUUUCCCUCAGAAAUCUCCUCCAGUAUUCAACAAUGGGGAAUCUCUUUUACAUCCGGGAAAUUUAGCGGUAAGUAACAAUCCCGCUGACUCACAAAUCAGGAUAGUUUUAGAAUCAAAGAAAACCCUGAAAAGACCUUAAAAAUACUACUCGGAGAAUUUUCUUGGGUGAAAAAACUCUGCAUAAAACAAGACCGGCUAACAAAAAAGAAUUUCUAAGUAAAGAAGAUGGAGAAAUACAUAAGAACGAAAGAAAUCUAGUAGAGAGAUAACUAAUGCAAGCGCUUCAGAAAAACAGUCUCAAUUUGUCCAGCGGUUUUUCUACCAGGCUCGUUUCACUUCCUUCAUCGACAAAGAGAGUACGAUCGAGGAACUUUGCUUUUGACAAAUAUAUUAAUUACGAGUUUCUCAUACAAUUUUAUAGGUUCUUAACAACUUGAUGGACCGCCGAUUACAGCCUUCGCUCGCAGUGCUGUAUGGAUCAUAUCUAACAGGACAGCUCACUGUUGCACAUGCGCACCUUAUGAUCGCUAUCGCUGAUACAAUUUACGCCAUACCAGUAGGCUGUCUACAAGAGUAAGUUCUUAUGACUUUGCAACUUCUUUUCCGGUUUUGUAGCCGCAACCAAACAAAACCAGUUAAAACCUGUAUCACAUUUUCCUUUUCCGUAUUUUUGCACGGUAUCAUACACUAAUUGUAAUAACAUUGCCAUCGCAAAACGAAAAAAAGAUUGCGGAAAAAUAUAAAUUUGGCACGCUCACUACAUUCAGGACUCUGGUCUAACAAAAGAAUUAACGAAAUCAUCUUUACAGUUUCCAAUUUACGUUCUACCCACUCAACUGAUUUCAAAACGUUGUAUUAUACAAUACGCUUCUCUGUAAACGUUUACUGCCACGUCUGCCUUUUCCCUUGUGCUGCUCUCUGCAUAGGUGCGAGUUGUUUUUUUACUUCAUGAAAACGUGGGAAAGAACUUUUUUGAAUGCGUUUUAAUCAUAACUGUAGUAAAAUUCUCAAAUCGCAUGGGCUAACAACUGUCCUGAUUUCAGCAUUAACCGGGCAGUGUGGUAGUUAUUGGACAGACAUUAUGCGCGAUAGCUUGCGGGCCUUUUAAAAAAAUACUUAAAUGAUUAGUAAACUUUACUUAAUCAGGGUGGCCCAUUCACCUUUACGGCUGGCUAAAUACUCUCGAAAUAUCUCUUACUUUAACUAGGAAAAAAAAAACCUAAAAUAUUUAAAAAUCGUGUUAUAGUUAUAGGAUAAAUGGGUAAUGGAACUUCGUAUCGUUCAAUUCGGACUGUAAUGAAACUCGAAAUUAAACAUUUUGUGAUUUGGUUAAUCGCUCGUAUAUUACUAUUAUUUAUUGUUGGUUAUAUUUGUAAUCGUAUGGUCAUCUCUUACAUCGCUCAAAGAACCAAACAGAAUUUUAUCGACUGACCAGUAAAAGUUAUACUUUUUGGCUUAGUCUCACUCGAUAUUUGGAAGCAAAAGAAGAAGAGCAAACUAUGCAAGAGCUACAGACGAUACCUCCUCUGUCACAGUCUCAAAUGGGAAAGAAAAACAGCAAGAAAAAAAUCAGCGGUGAGUUGCAAAGAAAGUAAACACCCGGUUAUAAGAACCUAUGAUUUCAGGCGCAUUCAGGCUGAUCAUGUUCUUAUUUACCGGGUGCUUAGUGGGAAAUCUGCCUGGAAAUGUUCUUAAAAUGUAUUUCAGAAAUACAGAACUUCACAUUAUACAUUGCAAUGUAUAAAGUAUAGGUUUAAUUAACAACAAUGUUUUAUUACGUACGUCGAGGUACGUGUGGCUCUUAGAGUUUGUAUGGUCCAGCACACUUCAGUACUUGAAUAUGGGUUACUACAUCGGUGGUUUCUUAUUUUGGCAUCCUCCUUCUUUAUAUGCAAGAGCAUGUUUUAUUUAUCAGGCUAAAUUGGUUCUAUAAAUGUUGCUUUAUUUGCCAACUUUCAGCGUGAUGUUCUUGAUGCACAUGUUUUUAUAUGCCAGUCUUUACUGUACCUCAGGAGAGAACUUGAAAUACCUUUCAUUUAACUGAUCACUCGUUAAACACCUUCAACAACAACAACAACAAAAAAGAUAAACAGGAAAGCACUUCUUAAUAAUUUCCAUUUAAAUGCUGCCAUCCACAGACUAAAAGGUCUUAACCAAUCAAGGUCUAAAGCAUUAUUAAUUAUUAUACAGUGUAAUUGGGAUGUGAAAUAUUAGAGAAAAAGGGAAACAUUUUUCUUCUCUAUAUCUUUAACUUAUAGCUUUGAGUUACGAAGAUGUUAAAGUACAAGCUUGUACAUAGCCAUAAUUGAGAAACUGCUACCAAUACCUAUUUAUGUGACAAAUUAUUCUAAAUACAUUUUAUCUUUUCAGAUGAUGUAACUAGCGUUAAAAGCAGUCAGAUCACACAAAGAAAGCAACUUAUUGAUGCCAGCACGGCCACCCCUCAACUGACCAAGGUACAAGUAUUUUCAAUUCAUGUAUUAGGGUAAAAUUGCAGUUGCUUUUUUGUAGGUAUAAUGUGUUAGCUGCAAUUCUGUUUUCGCUUAUUACAAUAUUAAACGUUGAUUUUAUAUCUUAUACUUUUGUUAUUUGCAGGGUUUCCUUCUGGCGUCUGCGGAAUUAAUUCUGACUAAUUUGUGCGAAUCACUGACUGAUGCUCAAGAUCAAGGCAGCCUGGAAGAUGAACGUAAGUAACUCUGAUCAAUGCACGUCUUAGUGCUAAAAGUGCUCUUUCGAUAUUUUGAGGCCUCAGCGCCUUGUAUCACUUGGCUGCAAAGUUUCCCGCGUCUUUUUAUGGCAACAUAUUUCCCCGCGUUUUAACAAGCGACUUCUUUUCCCGCUUUCUUCAAUGACAACCUCGACCGCAGGGAAAAGCCCUGGGGACAAGAUUGCUUUACGGACUGUCUGUUUUACCGCCCAUUCUAUGGAUCAAUUUAGGUAUCUGGGAAACUGCCCACCUACCCCUCCCCUAACCCCAACAUUUUGCCCCAAGUGAGACGCAAAUGUUAACGUUGAGUUAGGGGAGGGGUAGGUGGGCAGCUUCUCAGAAACCUAAAUUGAGCCCGUGUUUUCUCAUGUCUCAACCGCGUUCAUUGGGUAUUUUCGCUCUUUUUGUAGCGCUAAGUUUAUCUUCGGUGGAUCUGGAACAAGUUUGCCUGUCUCGUUUGGAACUAGCACAAAUAGCCAGUCAGCGGCAUCAUGCAGUUACCAGUGGAAACAUCGUAUAUGCCUGCAUGAGAGCCUUGGAAGACGCUGCCAUUUUGAAUGAACUGGAUUUGGAGAAACGGUACUAUAUCAGUCUUAUCGAUACAGAUUGAACAAAAAUAGGACUCUCGCCACACACUGUAGCUAUAUCUUACUCGCAAUAUGAAAUCAGUUUUAACUUACGUUAAGUUAAGUUAAGUUAAGUUUUUUGUUACUUUUAACCUCUCUUUGUUUGCAUUGAAUGGUUAGGAAGAAAAUCAUAUUUGGAGCUUGGAAAAUUUUGCGUAAACUUCCUGCUGUACUAACAAUACUUACAAUUUAUUUAUUUAUUUAUUUAUUUAUUUUCUAGUGCUCAGUCUCUAAUGUCCAACCAAGUCCGAUCCGCGCCGAGUUAUGUUUCCGGGUGGGGUGGAAACCAUUAUUUUCAGAACCAGGCGCGGUGUAGACUGGACGCGAGACUCUGGCUGACGUGCCGGCUGGCUCUGGCGCGUGGACUCGCGGAAGAGGACAGUGGAAUGGGAAAACUUGGCGGUUCAGUCAGAAGCGUGACCAGUUCGAUUGGCUCGUGUCUGCAUCACUGUCAACAAGGUAAUGAACGUGAAUCCAUCUUGCAGGAUGCCCUCAAUUCAUAUUCUUGAGAUUGUUGGUGAAGGCAGGGCUUCUGGCAAAACAUUAACAACCUUUUAGCAGGACUUCGAGUGAACUGUUGACAAGAGCAUCGCAUUAUUCCCCCUUUCAUUUCCAUAGCCUGUUAUCAAUACGUGUCUUUCAACAAAUUUGAGGGCCACAAGUUUAUCACUUUUAUCAUAACUGUCACGUGUUUACCCUCUUUAAAUAAAGGCUUUACCUUACCUUACCUAACAAAAUCUUAAUCUCAGUAGUACUUUGUUAUGGCACUGUUUAUUAUGUUUACAAGGUGGUUCUAACUUUUGAGUUUGUGGUUGAAAUAAAAAGUCUGACCAUCCAAAUGAAAGCUACUGAGCAGUACUUUCUUGUGGUACUGUUUAUUAUGCUGUACAAGGUGGUUCUAACUUUUGAGUCUGUAGAUGAAAUCCUUAAGUGUUACCAUUUAAAUAAAAGCUACUGAGCAGUUCUUUUCUGUGGUACUGUUCAUUAUGCUUUACAAGGUGGUCCUACCUUUUGAGUCUGUGAUUUAGAUCAUUAAAUUGAAAGCUACCCAGCAAUACUAUUCUGUAUAACUUUUUUUUAUCCCGUUCGAGUCGGUACUAAAUUUCGAAUUCAUGGAUGAACUCUUAAACCUCGUAUUUAUUAAUUGGAAUAUUUUGUUUGUUUGUUUGUUUGUUUACUUCGGGGUAAAAUUGUCAAACACCAAUUAUCCGUUGCAGGUCUUGACGAGGCAGAGGCGUUUGGUGAUGUAGAGCUUAUGGCAGAGUUCUCUCUUCUGAGUGUAGUUCAGAAUUUACAGCAGGGAAAGAUGGGACCUAAUUUGUUGGAAACGUUAGAGGUACUAAUACACGAUCUGCUUCACCCUGAUCUUGCUAGGCAAUCACUUAAAUGACCAGAUCGGGUAGGCCAAUAGUUGAGUAAAGCCAUUCAGGGGAGGAUUUUCUAUUCAGCAGAUGACUCGUCAAAAACGUGACCAGAAUUCGAUCUAUCUGAAUGUCAACCUGAUUCUAAAUAUUGCACUAACAAAGGAAACACUGAGCUUUUACAGGAAAUCGAACACUUCAUCUUCCGUCAAUCACCCUUAAAGCUCUCAAUGCAGCAAAAGCAAGAACAAACACAGCAAAUCUACUGAGCUUCAACAAAUUAAAUCAGUUAUUUUCUUUCGUCCCUUUAGAACAUUAUAUCUCGACUUGAGCAGAGUCCUUCGUUGUCUUUCUCUGUAAAGUUGCUGUUAGUUUUGGCAAUCAUUCAAUACGCAGACAUCAGACCUUCCUCUCACAUGACCUCCGGGAUAUCGUAUCUGAACAACACGCUGUCCGCCUACAAACAAGCAAUGGCUUAUUUACUAGAUCAGGUAACAGUUUGGUAGCUGGAUGGUAUUUUUUUCGUAAGGCAUUAGGAACGAGAAGUGUCAUUUGUGUUAGCCGAACGUUGUGAGACGAAAACCCUCUCAGAUCAAGAUCUUUUUUCUCUUUGGUUUUCAUCGCGCAAGUGCAUUCUCCUGUUCCGAUAGGGCAGAGAAGUCAGAGUUGGAAAGUUCUUUCUCUGAACUACCAUGUUUCAAUGUCUGUCGCCUGUUUUGUCGCCAUUUUUGUUUGCAGCCUUAGUUGUGAACCGCGGGCAGUCUACCUAAGACCCGGGGGAGGGGGUGGGAUACAUAGUUGAAUUCAUACGUUGUUUAAUGUUAUCCAUAACAUCAAAGAACUGAAAGCGUCUGUUAAGGACGUUUUUCAAGGCUUAAAGAGUGUAAGAGGACUUUGUAAUUCCCAUGAUUUUGCUAAGAAUUUUAAUUAAGUUGCCCCCAAGCCGUCUAAACACCUGGAACAGGCUACCCAGUAAGUUGUAUCUGACGCUCCCGCCUGAAAGCUUUGCGAACAGCUAACAGGUUUGGGUGAGAAAACAAAGACAAACAACAGAAACAAUAGACUCAAGUCCUGAAACAAUAGAGCUUCGUGCCGAGAAAAGCGAAGAAUGACUAGAGGUUUUCGAAGACAUUCACAACAACAGAACUUGAAUCGUGUGUUGCUUGAGGCCCUGAAGGGAUUGUGGGUUGUUAUUUCCAUUCCCAAACCUAAGUUCGAGGUUCCAUUUGUCGCGAAAACGUGACGUAACAAAACAAACGAUAAUGGCGGAGUUUGUGGCAGUUUGUGAUAGGAUCUUAAAGCCAGAUUCUGAGUCACUCGUGUGCAAACAAAAUAACGGAGACUAAUCGGAGAUAGAAACGUCUGUCUACGCAGUCUACUGUUCAAGAUUUACUGUUCCGUGCUUCUUGCAUGUUUUUGCUCACUCUAUUUAUUGUAGGAUCUUCAUUUGACCCUCUUCAUACUGUUCUUAUGCUCUCAAAGAAUCUUAUCCAAUCGCGUAACUGCAUCAUAAACAUCACGUUUUUUCUCGUCAUUUUUCUUGCGGAAUUAGCUGACUCAGCUCGGGAGCGACGUGAAUCUCAUAGAAUCAUCCCCGGUUAUGCCACUUCAUAACAUCUACUUCACGCAGCAUCUCCUUUUGACCGACAUAAAACUUCGGCUUGGAAGAGCGCUUGCAAAACAACUACCACCUACUGACGUCACGGCAACCGAGUUGCAGGCUGCAGUGAGAGAGCUGUCACUGGGACUUGAGCUAGCAAGGGCUGCAGCUUGUCGGCGGAAGCCUAUUGAAGCACAGCUGUUAUUUACACUUGGUAUGUAGUUCGUCCCAUCUUAGUCACCGUUAUAAAUGACAAAUCAUGUAAAAAAAUAUAAAGUUGACCUUCUUUACUGAGUAAUAUAGAUGUGACGACAUGUGUUCCUGGUUUGUUUGAUUUUGUUGUUGUUGUUGUUGUUUUUUUUGUUUUUUGUUUUCGUUUUUUUUUAGUUAGCUGUCUUGUUUUUAUUUAGCUAAUCCCACCUUUAUUUUAUUAUUUUUCCUUAAAUAUUUUUGUUCCACUUGUUCGGUUACGAAGUUUCACGCCUUUUUUGGUGCAGGUCAGAUUCAAAGAAAGAUGCUACAGGCUGGUCAGCAGUCUCCUAGUAAAGUGGUGGACUUUCUGGUCCAAGCUGUGCAGUGCACCUGUAUUUCUGAUCACGACCUUGGGUGAGUAUUUCCACACAUCCAAGUGUUUCUUCUUUGCCGUUGUAGAGCUGUGUUCUUGUCAAUUAUCUUGUAACUAUUAGUUGUUUACUUGUUUAUCUGUUUGUUUCAACACUGAACAAAGGGAUUCUGAAACCGACGUUUCAAAUUAUUCUUCGACGGGCUGGUACUCAAAUCUCAGCUUUUAUUAUUUGUUUUUUUUCUCGGCAACUAAUUUUCUUUAUACAUUUUUCACUCCAAGGAAACCUACGAUAGCUCGAUUUCUUCCAAACCCAACCGCUCUAUUCAAUCUUCACUUGUCUAUGCCUACACACAGAGACAGGGCAGGAUUCCCGCUUUUACCAUCAAGUUUGUUUCUAAACUUUUCACUGGUUUCUAUCUCGCGUUUGGCACCAGAUUGCUUGUUAUGCAUACUACAUUUGUGACAAAGUUAAACACAAGCAACAUGGUUCUGCCAAUGGCAACAGAUUUGCGCUCUUCGUGAUCUUUCGCUGCUUGUUUCUUUGGAAAGUGUUUUCAUUAUUAUUUUUAUUUUCUUCUUCAGCUUGAUGAAGCAAGCGUAUUUGGAAAUGGCAUUAGUCCUUAUUAGUAACGCUAACAAAUUCAGGCCUCCUAAGACUCCAGAAGUACCUUCGCGUUCCACAGACACACCAGAUCGCACCUCAGAGACCCCAUCAACCCCUGGCAAAGAACGGAAUUGAAGAUGAGCAAGAAAGGAAGUGGGAUGGAAAAAGAUCGCAAAGAUAAAGAAUCACGAGAGAAAAACAAAGAGUUAGACAAGGAACUGAGAACCGCCUGGGCCGCCAUUCGGGCUGCGGGUAUCGUGUCCUCUGCGCAGUACAAAAUUGGUAUCCUAACGGGCGAUCCCGAAAUCACUGCGUUGAGGCUGUCGGAGAAAGCCGCCUGUUCAGUGCCAGGAUUCGCGCUGUUUGACCUUCUUGGUACAGAUGACGUCAUUAAAAGUGCCGAAGAUGGGGCUCUGGUAACUCAGAAUAGAAUAGUCACUAUGGGAACCACCAUAAACAACUCCAAUCGCGUACAAGUUACGUGGCUUCAUCUGCUUGGCUAUUUGUCGGUACUACGUCGGCAGUGCUCGUAUGCAGCCCUCGGAGUGUACUCGGAAGCUGAGGAAGUGACGAAUAGCAGCGGUGGAGUGCUGCCGUUGUUUAGUUCCAAUAAAGCUCUGAACCUCUCCAAGAUGCAUUCGUUUUUAAAAAACGAGUUGGGCCCUUAUGCAGUGGAGUGCUGUUGGGUUUACCCACCCGAGGUCUUGUCGAAUUACGGACCCUCUGUCACAGGAAUCCAGACUAUGGUUACCAAGUCUUUUCAGAUGGACAUGACAGAGGACACCUCGAAAAAGUCUGGUAAGAAUUAAUGAUUCCCAAAUUGUCAUUUUACCCCAAGAGCGGUGAGUCGCUUUUGCUAGUUUUUAGCACUUUAUUUGGAACUUUGAUGACUCUUUUCCAAGCAAUCAAUGGGGCUACGCUAUGCUUGAUUUCGCUUUUAAAAAUGUGAUAGCCUUUUUUAGUUGCUCACUGUCAUCAGUGCUCGUUUAUGGCGAUUGAUUUUAGAGACGCUGUGGCCGAGUGGUUAACAGUUCGAACUUCGGACUCAAGCUUCCUGUCGCCUUGUUGCCUUAGACAAGAAACUUUGUUCCACUUUUUUCUCUCCGCUCAGGCCCCUGUACUUGGGUGACCCUGCAACAGACUAGCAUCCCGUCCAGGGGGUAAAAAAAUAUCCGUAGGUGCUUCAUGUUAAUGAAACGGGGUAUAGUUCCGGCUAUGUGGGUCUGGGGGCUCGUGUGCGCCCUUCCCCUACAAAAUACCGAUCGACUAAGUUAUGGUAUGGGUUCCUUUUUUUAGAAUUCGUAGACAAGUCAACCACGGCAAACGAUUUUGAAGUGUGCGUCCAGUGGUUCCAGCCGGAGCUCGAACGUGUGUUGUUAGAAGACCCCGAAGACACCCAAACACGGCAACCUGCUCUGUUUCUCAUUUACGCGUUUAACAACAAGGCACUGAACUUAAUCUCUAACCCAGUCUACUCGACUGUUAAGGCUGGGCUUUGUCACGUGACUGAGCCUCCUGCCCAAACCUUUCACGAAAAGCUCAUGGCGACUUUGGAAAUCGCUGAGAAUGAUCUGGCGCCUAAUCCACAACCUUCGCAAACGGCAGUAGGAACGACUGAACAGAACACUAGAGGUGAGUUGAAUGAAAAUUACCAUUUUUCAUCAGCUAAAAACAAACAGGAACAUUCUGAGAAUUGCUAAGCCUAGCAGAAUGUACGAUCAGUGUGUCUCAUAAUUAAUUAUUAUCCUACUAAAAGACUUGUCUUCCUCAGUUACUCAGUUGGAUCAGCGCUGGCCAGGUGUUUCUUGUCUAAUGUAAACCGUGAGGGGCUGGGUAUGAUUCCGUUUAUUAUGGGAUAAACAACGUAAGAUCCACAAAAUCAGAAAGAGGAAACCGAGGUUUGGCGUUUAUCGGGCCUAUAUUGAACGAGAUACAGCCAUUCAAAGACUCCAAAAUUUACCAAGAAAUGUAUGAACUUGCGGCCAGUGUGUCAUCUAAAUUUUAUAGUUUUCAAGUUUUAUAAUGAUGGUAUCUUGUUUGACAUUGGCUUGAUUAACAGCAAACUUGAGAAUAUGCCUAACUUCAAUGUGCUGAGCUCUUUCUGGCUGUAUGGGUCUCACGUUGUGUAUCUCAUAAUACACAGACUCAUACCCAGCCCUCCUCGGUUUGAAAUUAAGCGAUAAUCGAUUUUGUCCCACGUUCCCGCUUAUACUGACUAUGGACAGCAUAAGUUCCGCACACGUUAUACUAUCACGUGACCCACUAAGGCAACAAGUCUCCCUUUCAAAUGCACUACCUGUGCCUUACCUUUAAUCAGGUGCCUUUUGUACGAAAAUAGUUUUGGUGUCUGAAAAGAUUGUUAAUUUUUUUGUCCCUUAGCCCGCCCCGUGAGACAAGAAACCUCUCAGUUAACCGUCCCUGGAGCUCCAGAACAGAAAUCGUCAACAACUACAGGGGCCACGCCACGUAAGAAGAAGAGCAUUGGGAUCCGGGCUCUUUCAGCUAAGCAGAGAAAGGACGACAACAUAAGAGCCCUUCUAAAAGAGCAUCUCGGUGAAAUUAGAACCUUGCUAUACUUGGAAAAAUCCGUGCCGCUUGAGGUGAGCUGCUUAAAAGAACCUUUAGCAAGCGAGCGAAUAAAAGAACUCGGACUUUAAAAAAAAAAAAAAAAAAAAAAAAAAAAAAAACGGUCGUAUUUUUUUAAAUUUUAUUUUACAUUAUUUUUUUUCUGUUAAGGCCCGUUCGCGCAGAUGAAUUACUUUCAAUUUUUACUGCUCAGCAGUUUCAUUCUGUCCUUGCCUACUUAGAGAAACCUUCGACGAUACUUUACGUUUACGCUUAUUUCAAUGAUCCAAAAAAGCAUAGCCAUCACAUGGAUAUAAGAAACAUAAAUAAUAAUAAUAAAAAUAAUAAUGAUGAUGAUGAUGAUGAUGAUGAUGAUGAUGAUGAUGAUGAUGAUAAUGAUAUUGAUAAUAAUAAUAAUAAUACAAAAUAAACAAAUAACCCGGAAAGUGGUAGCUAAAUUAACAGAUUAAAUUAAAAAUCAAUUCAUAUAAAAAUUGCCCAGGCCAACGUUGAAGCCUUUGACGAUUAGCUGAGUAAUCACUUCAGGAGGUAGGCUGUUCCACAAGUUCAUCGUGGUGGGGUUAGUCAGUGCCACAGUUCACAGCAGUGUAUCUCGCGGGAUGGUAGUGAUGGAUUCUGUUGUAAUAUAGUGGCUGGAUAUAUAAUGGCAUUGGGAUAGCCACUAUACCCCUGGAAAUCUUGAAAAACAACAUCAUCCUUGCCCUUUCUCGUCUCAUCCGUAAAGGCUGCCACUUAAGUUCCCGGAUCAAACGAGUCGCUGUCCCCACUUCUUUCUAUUUUAUACUAUUUUAUUUAUUUAUUUAUUCAGUUAUUUAUUUAUUUAUUUAUUAUUUCAGGAGGUUCCAUUUGAAGUCACCUUACAGAACGUGGCAUGCCUAGAAGCCUUGUUUGACCCAAGCCGAGGCCAUAUCGGCCAAACCACGGAAGCGUUUUAUUCAUGGCUAUCUUCGCUCAUGAAAAAUUAA